AUGCUAGUUCGAAAAUUAAAUAAAUCAUCUUUUACUGUAUUACUAAAAAUACAAUCUGAAUUAGAUUUAUUAGAAGAGAAGGCUAAGGAAGUCACACUAACUGAGCUUAAGGCUAAGAAUGCAGAACUUAUGGUCGAAAAAGCCAAUCUUGAGGCUAAAAAUGCAAAAUAUAUAAAGCUUAAGGAUGAGACUGCAAAGCUUAAGACCGAGAAUACCAAACUUUUAACACAAAUUAUAGAGAAAUAUGCUAAAAAUAAGGCUGAUAGAGUAAAAUUAAAAACUGGUUUGCAGUAUCCAAUCCUCUUUGAGCAUAUUAAGAUGACAAUUCUUGAGCUUGAAGCAAGGAAUGCAAUAUUAAGACCAAUUAUAGAAGAAUUUGCGAAGAAAUCGGAAUAUAGCCACCUCGUAACUGUCUUUGACAAGAAAAAUCGCAAAUUCCAAGCUAAAUAUGUCAAAAUAGCUGUGGACAUUCUUAACGAAAAACCAAUAAUUAAAUAUCAUCCUCCUUUCUUGAAUAGAUUGGAACUUGAUGCCUUCUUUCAAAAAUAUCAAAUCGCAUUGGAGGUGCAAGGAAGUCAACAUCAGCUUCACAGCACUAGCUGGUAUAAGGAUAUCAAAAGAUUUGAGGAUAUUGUUGAUCGUGAUCGGAAGAAAAGAUGCCUUUGUCAGCUUAAUGGAAUUUUCCUACUUGAAGUAUACCAAGGAUGCCCUGAAAACUGGAGUAAGAAACGUAAAAGAGAGUAUAAAAGAGGGCGUAAAAACGGAUUUUGUAUUGUACCUUUUUGUUCUUGUGAUCAAUAUGUUCUUGUUCUGACUUACAACCUGGCAAUGUUAGUCCGCUUGGAAGAUUAUAAAAGGAUUAUUCUUCAUGCCUUUGAACAUGGUUCCUGUCCAGAACCUGAUGUUAUGCAGAAACAGCUGAUUUACCGUGAGGUUGUUAUCAAGAAACUGAGACGAAUUCUAGAGCCGAUCUCUGACCAUAGCUCUUACCACGUCGUUGUCGGGAACUACGGAACUGGUAAGACCACAGUGGUCCGGCAGUGUGCUAGAGAUGUUGGAAAAGGGGUCAUUUAUGUUGAUGUACCCCCUGUAUUGGAUAACUUCAUUGAUAAACUUGCAAAGGCUAUUGGAUAUUCAUUCAAGGAGUAUGUGUCCUUCACUGAAUCAUUUAAGCGGAAGAUUCUAGGCAAUAGCGAGUCCGCUGAACAGCCCAGGUUUUUUCGUGUCCUGGAUGCCUUCGAGAGAGGAGCUAGAAAAUACAAGGAUUUGCAGGACAUCGCAAAACUCUAUGCUGACCAGAGCAGUUGCAUCAUUGUAUUUGUCAGUAGCGAGGGAACAGCGCCACGCAUGAUGAUGCAACGAUCAUCAUGGUCACGCGCUGAAAAAAAACCCAUUGUCAUCGAAGACCUAACUAGCAAAGAGGCAUUCACCUACCUCCACAGCAAGCUUGGCAUUGAGAAAAAGGUCACCAAUCAACUCAUCCAACUCUUAGGUGGCCGGAUUCGUGAUCUUAAGGAAUAUGGUAAUAUGAUAAAUAGAGGCGAGACAUUCGAAGGUGAGAGAGCAUUUACUAUCUGGACAAUGAUGAUGGUUCGUAAAAUUGUGCUCCGUGCCGUCAAUCACAACUUUCACCAGGCUGAAAUGUUGGAGGGCGAAAGAAAUCAUGUCAUUGGCAAGGUCAUCGUCCAAGAGUUGGUGAAAAAUGAAAAAAUCGAUUUUGAUACAUUCAUCAAGCUCGUCAAUAACAAACAAAUAGCCAAUGAACUGCUACAGGCCAAUGUUUUCUCAUAUAACCCGGAAAGCGGAACUGUCACCUUCCAGUCUCGCGCAACUGAAGUUUUUGUGAGAGAGAGACCAGAAUUUUCGUUGAAAGGAUUUAGCUAG